AAUGUUUGCCAGGUUAUGAAUUGAGCACGGCGCAUUUAUUCACAUGCUGUUGUUCACUCAGUUAACUAACUAGCUGGAAAAUUAGCCUGUAGUGUCUUGCAAAAGUUACUUUAGUGUAAAUUAAUUUGUAUUCAAUCUCAUAUCAAAAUAAUUGCCUUGAUGAAGCCCCUUCUGCUGGAUUCCAGUCGAGAUGUUUUGACCGCAGGACUAGUUUACUUGUGGGUGAAACAAGCGGAGUUUAUCAAGGUUGGCUGGGUGCCGAAUGGAGGAGCGACAGGUCACCGAGGAUACGAAUAGUUUAGAGAAAUAAUUAAUUACUUUAAUCGUUUUUUUUUUUUUUUAUCUUUGUUCUUAAUAUGCAACUUUGCUUGCUGCUGUUUUGUGUUCGAGUCAGACUGUGUCCUCUGCUCCCUGGAUAAUCUCCAGAAGACGCUCAAACUCUCGCUGCUUUUGCUCCAUUCUGCUCGCUUCAGACUGAAACGUGUGGUCUGUAAGCAUGGCAGGCAUUCCCAAAUCUUUUCCUCAUGUGUUCAUAGGCUUUCUAAUAACUGUAAUCUCAGGAUUAAGAGCCAGCUCUCUGCAGCAGGUUUUCGUGAAGGAUAUUGUGGCUGUUUACGGAGAAAACGGUUCACUGGAUAUCAGUGGCAUUAACAGAUUAUUGGAGACUAUUGUGCAAGACAAGUUGGAUCCAGACAUUCCUCUGCAUGCUCAGUGCGUGUCUGGAGCAGAUAUUCUGGUGCACUAUGGGCUUCAGAACCUCUCUCAGCUGACAGAGGAGCAUCUGGUCACUGUCUGUCCAGCUCUGCUCAACCAAGCUGUACUGCCACCCUGUUCAACUGAACCUCCGCUGCACCGUGACACUGAUCUUCGUGUAUGGGGAUUUGGCUUCUUGGCUGUUACCAUCAUUAAUCUGGCCUCACUGCUGGGUCUGACUCUCAUUCCUGUAACUAAAAAGCCCUACUUCCCAAAAGUGCUCUCCUACUUCAUAGGUCUGGCAGUAGGCACGCUCUUCUCCAAUGCUGCUCUCCAACUUAUACCUGAGGCCUUUGGGUUUGACCCAAAAACAGAUGGUUACAUUUUCCAAUCUAUUGGAAUCUUUGGUGGAUUCUAUGUGCUGUACGUCACUGAAAAAAUCCUGAGGAUAGUCCUGAAACCAGAACAUGAGCAUGGCCAUGGACACAGUCACUUCCAGCCCUCAGAGGGGGUCCAACAGAACGGCGUCAUCAGUACGGUGGACUCUGCCAAUAGCGACAAAGCCAGCAUGACCUCUGACCCUCCAGUGCAGCAGCACACUUGCAGAUGGCUCAGAGGGAGACAGCGGCUGGCCAAUGUAAAGACGGUGGCAUGGAUGAUUUCCCUGAGCGAUGCUCUACACAACUUCAUUGACGGACUGGCCAUCGGCGCCUCGUUCACCGUGUCUAUUCUCAGCGGCUUUAGCACUUCUAUCGCUAUCGUCUGUGAGGAAUUCCCUCAUGAGCUGGGUGACUUCAUCAUCCUGCUGAACGCUGGAUUGAGUAUUCCUCAGGCCGCCUUCUUCAACCUGCUGUCUGCUAUGUCCUGCUACGUGGGUCUGGUCCUGGGCAUCUUGUUGGGUAGCACUUUUGCACCCAGUGUCAUCUUUGCCUUUGCUGGCGGCAUGUUCCUUUACAUUUCCUUGGCUGAUAUGCUGCCUGAAAUGAACAUGAUUGCUAGUGAACAAGUGCAGAGCACGAAGGACGAUCUCAUUUUCUUUGCGAUCCAGAACGCAGGAAUGCUGUCAGGUUUUGCCAUGAUUCUUCUCAUCACAUUGUAUGGUGGGAACAUUAGCCUGGGCUGAGCCCUCAAUUCUGUGCCCACUCCAGAUCAUUCUCUCAUUUAAGCUAUUUAUUUGAGAAGAUACUACUUCAUACUAUUUUAAAAUCAUUUAUACUGUGGAAACUUGAAAAUCUUUAGGAGUAAAAUCAUUUGAUGAUUUGUGUAAGCUGAUUAUUCUCAAUAUAUAUAUAUAUAAUUCUAGACAUUUUAUACCAUUGUAAAUAACUGACCUACUAAUCAUGUUUUGUAGAAAAGAAGGCACAGAGUGAUUUAUGGCUUCUGAAAUCAUGCAAAAUAAAAAGACAGAACAGAACUGUAUUAAAAAGUCAAAUUUA